AUGGCAGCAACUGUGUGCUGUAUGAGUACAAAACUUUGAUGGGGACUAAGCAUCGCAUUUCUUUUAAUGAUAAUGGCUCUAGAGCUUGCUACUUUAGGUGCUACUAGAUGGUUUACUCAAGGAAAUGAGCCAGAAACUGAUUGGGAGGGAGGGUUGCUUGGCCCAACUCCUGAUUCAAACUACUUUUCAGACUCAUUACCUUAUUCAAAUCGGUGGGAUCGCUGUAAUGAUGGCUCAACAAAUGACCAAGACGGGCUUUGUGAAAUGUGGCAUAGCCUUUGGGCUGGAGGAGUAAUAUAUAUCCUUUUUGAAACUAUUUCACUAUUUUUUAUAUCAGCCACUAUUUUUGUGCUUCUUUUGGAUAUUUGCAGAGGGACAAGAGAAAUUUGGCUGUCUGUGGUGUUUUACUGGAACGUUUUAGCGUGGCAUUUUUUCGCAUUAGUGAUUUGGUCAGGUCUUUCAAUGAUGUACUUUGACGAAAACUGUGACAGCGUCACAUGGAAUCAUGGACAAAGCCAAGCUAGAGUGUGUGGAAAAGAAGGUCCAGCGAUUGCAUUGGCUUGUGUUUUGUUUAUUCCUUUUACUGCAACUCUUCAUACUGUGGUUUAUCUAGUUGCUAAAUCUCCCCUUUAAAUUAGAAUAAAAAAUCCUGUUCCAAUUUAAAGAUUUUUUUAAAAAAAUUAAGAAAAAUCUAUUUUUAUAGAGAAAAAUUUAUAAAAAUUAGUAAUUUCACCUAUAAAAUUUUCCUGUUGAAAUUAAAAUUGGAAAUUUUAUGAUAUUUUGUUUCAAUUUAAAAAGGGAGAGUAAGAAAAAGCAGCUUAAAGAGGCAGAUGAGUAUGAUUUAAAGGUAACCAAAGGACAAGAAACUGAUCGGAUGGCUUCUGACAAUAGGCUAGAGGAAGAAAAUGAACAGUUCCAUCACCAUCACCACAAAGGUACUAGAGCUUAAUAUCCUCUGUUUUAAUAAAUUUGAACACUAUUUUCUUAAAUAGAGAAUACUUAAUGUUAUAGUCUAUUUAAUAUUGUUCAAGA